CAAGAAUUUACGAACUGUUGACCAAUUUGUCCUCCAUGCAACCAUACAGUCCAGCAAAGAGCCCUCAAGUGGUGUCCUUUUCAAGUCUGACACUCUAUAAGGCAUCGGCGGAGGCCGCGUGUGAGAAGACAGCACACCCAAUUGUCACACUGACCUGCCCUCGUCUACUAAGUCCUUGCUCCUAUCCUUCUUUGGGCUACUGAGCAGCAUGGCAGCCCCAACAAAACGGCGCAUCUCCUAUUUCUACGACUCCGACAUUGGGAAUUUCCAUUAUGGGCAAGGGCAUCCCAUGAAGCCCCACCGCGUCCGGAUGACGCACUCCCUCGUCGUGUACUACUGGUUGUAUCGAAACAUGGAAAUCCUUCGCCCCAAGCCCGUGCUGCUCAGUGAAAUGACCCGAUUCCAUUCGGAUGAUUACAUCAAUUUUCUCCGAGUGAUUACACCCGACAACAUGCAAGAGUACAUGAGGCAGCUGCAGAGGUUUAAUGUCGGGGAGGAUUGCCCCGUUUUCGACGGACUCUUUGAAUUCUGUCAGCUGUACACGAGCGGAUCCAUCGGAGGGGCGGCUUUGUUGAACCAGAAAGAGGCCGAUAUCGUCAUCAAUUGGUCGGGAGGGCUGCAUCAUGCCAAGAAAUCGGAGGCCUCGGGCUUCUGCUACGUGAACGAUUGCGUCCUGGCGAUUUUGGAGCUCCUGAAGCACCACCACCGGGUGCUCUACAUCGACAUCGACAUCCACCACGGGGACGGGGUGGAGGAGGCCUUCUACACCACCGACCGGGUGAUGACGGUCUCCUUCCACAAGUUUGGUGAGUACUUUCCGGGCACGGGCGACGUGAGCGAUUUUGGGCACGGAAACGGGAAAAACUACGCGAUCAACUUCCCCUUGCACGACGGGAUGGACGACGAAAGUUUUGUCUCGGUGUUUCGACCUGUGAUUGGGAAAGUGAUGGAGACCUUCGCGCCAGGAGCCAUCGUCCUUCAAUGCGGCGCAGACUCCUUGUCGGGCGAUCGCCUCGGCUGCUUUAACUUGUCCUUGAAGGGGCACGCGGACGCGGUCGCCUUCGUGAAAAGCUUCGACGUGCCUGUCUUGGCCCUGGGCGGGGGGGGGUACACGCUGCGGAACGUGCCUCGAUGUUGGGUCUAUGAAACCUCCGUCCUCCAGGGGACAGAGAUCAAGGACGACUUGCCUUUCCACGAUUACUUUGAGUACUACGGCCCCGACUACAAACUCCACCUCCCCGUCUCCAACAUGGAGAAUCUUAACACCAAGCCAUACCUGGAAACGAUCAAACAGCAGCUGUUCACCAUCCUCUCCCAGGUGAGCCCCACGGGCGCGCAGAUCCAGACGGGCCAGCCAGGGACGAGCAUGACGCCUCCGGACGCAGCCUUGCCGGAGACGGCGCGGGAAAGGGAAAGUGAAAUGGAAGAGAGGGAUCCGGAUACGCGGGUGGGUGAUGGGGGGGGAGGGAGGAAAGAGCAUCCCUUGGAGAUGAUGCCGGAGGGGGACGGGACGCAGAGGUAGG